UGUCAGGAUUCAUAAUGUGUAAUGUUAUUGGCAGAGAAAUGACAUUUCUAUUCCUUUAAAAGAAUACUUUGAACUCAUGGGUAGGCGUGUCCAGGAAUUGUUGUUUUGUACUUUUGUAGGGUUGGAUCUGGUUUAUACUUUGCUUUCAUACAGAGAAAUCCGAGAUACAUAUAAGGAUACAGCACAUUCUGUGAGCUUGUACUAGUAGGAUACAUUAGAUAUAGUUUACAGAGAAGAUGGUUGAGUUUUUCUCCUUCUUGUUUUCCAAUGUAUUUUUAUUGCUCAUUUCUUUCAUCGCUUUCCUUUUCCUCUUGGACUUUAUGAAAAGCAGGAAGAAUGGAUCACAGUUUCCACCAGGUCCUAAAGGCAUUCCUUUCCUUGGUAACAUUCUGCAGGUCGACUACAAAAAUCCAGCAGAAACCUUGAACAAGCUGAAAAAAGAGUUUGGGGAUGUAUAUAGUUUGCAGUACUUCUGGAAAAAGAUAGUGGUGCUGAAUGGGUUUGAUGUGAUGAAGGAAGCGCUGAUCGACAGGUCGGAGGACAUCGCAGAUCGACCUCGAUUUCCUAUCUAUGAAAAAAUAGGAUGUGUUGGAGACACCAAAGGCAUAGUACUGGCCCGAUAUGGAAGCUCAUGGAAAGAGCAAAGAAGGUUUACCCUGUCAACACUUAGAGACUUUGGGAUGGGCAAGAAAUCUCUCGAGGAAAGAGUGACAGAAGAAGCCCAGUGUCUGUGUUCUGCAUUUAAAUCCCAGAAAGAUCAAUUCGAUCCACAUUUCCUUAUAAACAAUGCUGUUGCCAAUGUCAUCUGCUCCAUUGCAUUCGGGGAUCGGUUUGACUACGAGGAUGCAAAAUUCCAACGACUUUUACGUCUCUUUAGUGCGGCUUUAAAGGCUGAAUCUGGAUUCUUGGCCCAGAUCAUAAAUGAAAUUCCUGUUCUAGUGAAAAUCCCAUGGAUUAUUGAUCGUGUGAUGAAGCCAGAGUAUGAAAUUAUUGAAUUCUUAAAGGAAAUAGUUUCAGAGCAUAAGAAGACUUGGAAUCCAAACUUUGUCCGUGAUUUUAUUGAUGCCUACCUAGUGGAGAUGGAAAAAGUGAAGGACGAUAGUUCCAGUAGCAUGAAUGAAGGAAACCUGCUCAUGACAACAUUCGAUUUGUUUGGUGCCGGGACAGAAACUACAAGUACCACCCUGAGGUGGGCUCUGUUGUAUAUGAUCCUCUACCCAGAUGUCCAAUCCAAAGUACAAGAAGAAAUCGAUCAAGUAAUUGGAAGAGAGCGGACACCGACAAUGGGGGAUGUGCUACAAAUGCCAUAUACUUAUGCUGUGAUCCAUGAAGUACAACGAUGUGGAGAUAUUAUUCCCAUGGCUUUGCCUCGUAUGGCCUACAAAGAUAUAGAAAUUAAAGGUUACAUUAUACCAAAGGGCACGACUGUCAUCACCAACCUGUCCUCUGUGCUCAAGGAUCUGCAGGUAUGGGAGAAACCUUUCCAGUUUUACCCAAAGCACUUCCUGGAUGAGAACGGAAAGUUUGUAAAACGAGAAGCAUUUAUUCCAUUUUCUGCAGGUCGGAGGUCUUGCUUGGGAGAACGACUUGCCAGAAUGGAACUCUUCCUGUUUUUUACCACUCUAUUACAGCAGCUCAAAUUUGAGAUACCAAAUGACCAACCUCGCCCGAGGGAAGAUCCUCUCUAUGCAUUAACUUUUAUUCCACAUCCUUACAAUAUUCGUAUUGUAGCUAGGGGAUAACUUUUCAAACAAAUCUGAAUUAUACAAUGUGUAAAUCUGAAUUUAUGUAAUUGAACCUGCUGCUUUAAUUCCCUGUAGACAUAAAAUGGAAUCUCCUAUUAAAGGGGAAUUCCAACUUUAUACAUCUUAUCCCCUAUCCAAAGGAUAGGGGACAAGAUGUAUGAUCACAGGGGUCCCGCUGCUGGGGACCCCCACAAUCUCGGUGCAGCCCCAGGAUUCUGUGUCGGGGGCUGCCUCUGAGACAGGGACGUUACGUCAUGCCGAGCCCCUUCCAUUCAUGUUUAUGGGAGGGGGCGUGACAGGGAGACCCCUGCGCUCAUACAUCUCAUCCCCUAUCCUUUAUAUAGGGGAUAAGAUGUAGAAAGCCAGAAUACCCCUUUAAGUGUAUAAUUCUAGAAAUCCUUGUUGAUUAUCCAAAGUUAUUUACAGAAGACUCUUUUUCUGAAAAUAAUGUUUUCAUAAUUAAAUCUAUAGUAAAACUCAAGUUUAUAACCUUAUUCUUAUGCUAUAAAAAAGUAAAACGAGUUUUUUAACAAAUUAUAAUAAUGUAUUUGUUAACAGCACUAUUUUUAGAUAUAUGUUGCAGUAACAGUGCCAUGGCGAGCAUGCGUUUCAUGUUGCAAAGCUAUCUAUAAGCUCUUGGAUCUUGUAAUGGAUACACAGCAAUGCUUCUCUUCUUGUCAGUAAAGAUUCUGGGCAAGUGCAAUGACAUUCUCCUCCUCUGACAAGGAGAGAAGAAGCUGCACUGGCACUAUCAGCAAUGGUGUAUUUUCAUUUGUAUGCAUUUAUCUAAGUCGGCAAGAGCCAAACCUGGCAAUGUUCGGAAGUUCUGUCACCCCAAAAUGUAACACUAGAAAGAAGCAUCCAGCACCGGGAAG